UUUACAUAGCUUGUGGCGAAGUCCUUUUAACAGCACACCAUCGGGCUUGGAGCCAAUGUAAAAUCUUGACGGGACAAUAAGUACAUAACACUGUUCGGCUGUUCCACUGCCGCCGCCGCGUUCGCCUUCGGCCUUCUCUUGAUGCAUUACUGCACGAUCUCAAUGUUAUCAUAGCUAUCACCUUUCCUCUCGUUGAUUGUAGUAUUCGUUUCGUAGGGUUAGGAUUUCAGAUCAAGGAAUACAAUGUAUUCCACAAAGCAUCGAUUCUUCUUCGCCAUUAUGAUUUUCCACUGUUAUGAGCUCGCUAUUGCUGAUUCUAUACAUGGAUGUGGGGGAUUUGUUGAGGUGGCGAGUCGAGCACUGAUAAGAUCGAGGAAGUCAACUGAUUCAAAAUUGGAUUACUCUCACGUUACGGUUGAGCUGCGGACAUUGGACGGAUUGGUUAAGGACCGAACACAAUGUGCUCCUAAUGGUUAUUAUUUCAUUCCAGUUUACGACAAGAUGCUUGUAUUUUUCACGUUUAUCCUCCCGCAAUGGUUUGUUUCUACGAGGAUUCCAUAUAUUAUUGAUACUCUUAUCUAUCCUAUUCCCAAUAUCCCUUGUUUCCCAAACAGCCUCAUCCUCCAAAAACAGAUUCACCGAAUGCUUAAGGUUCCUGUUGUUGUUGAUCACAAGGGUUGUAAUGCUAAUGAAGAUAUAAAUUUUCAAUUUACUGGAUUCUCCUUAUCUGGAAGAGUUGUUGGAGCAGUUUCCGGGGGUCACUGUUCACAUAGAAGUGGUGGGCCAUCAAAUGUGAUCGUCAAGCUUUCAUCUCCCAGUGGGGAUGUUGUUUCUUCUGUUUCAACUACAUCGACGGGAAGUUACUCAUUUGAGAACAUCAUUCCAGAGUGUGGACUGGAAACCAGCAUUCCAGAACUUCAUUUCUGUGAAGUCAAUAGGGUAGCUGCGCUAUCUGUCAUUCACUCAUUCUUGAUGAUAAAUAUACCUGGUGCAGGAAAGUAUAAGAUAGGUGCUUUCCGGCAUGAUUUAAACAUAGAGAUCAAGGGUUCUGGAGAGGUGGAAUUAGGUUUCGAUAAUGGCGUGGUAGAUGAUAUAUUUUUUGCAUCGGGAUAUGAUAUUCGUGGCUAUGUGGUUGCUCAGGGAAAUCCGAUACUGGGAGUUCAUUUUUAUCUAUACUCAGAUGAUGUCUUGGAGCUGAACUGUCAGCAUGACUCUCAGCAUGACUCUGGUAAUGCACCUGGGCUUGGGAAAGCUCUUUGUCAUGCUGUAUCUGAUGCUGAUGGGAUGUUCAAGUUCACAUCAAUACCGUGUGGGACAUACAAGCUCAUACCGUUCUACAAUGGUGAGAAUACCGUUUUUGAUGUUUCACCACCUUCAAUGUUGGUGUCGGUUGAGCAUGAUCAUGUUGUAGUCCCUCAAAAAUUUCAGGUUACUGGGUUUUCUGUAGGAGGCCGUGUGAUUGAUGGUAAUGGUAAUGGAGUUGAUGCUGCAAAAGUUUUCGUGAAUGGUCUUGAAAGAUCAAUAACUGAUGCAGAAGGUUAUUACAAACUUGAUCAGGUUACCUCGAAAAGAUACAGUAUCGAAGUGAAGAAAGAGCACUACAAGUUUGAAAGGUUGAACGACUUUCUGGUUUUGCCAAACAUGGUUUCAAUUGCUAAUAUCAAAGCAAUAUCAUAUGAUGUAUGCGGCACGGCUCAGACGAUUAGUUCUGCAUACAAAGCUAAGGUUGCUUUGACUCAUGGACCAGAGAAUGUCAAACCGCAAGUGAAGCACACUGAUGAAAGUGGUAACUUUUGCUUUGAGGUUCUACCUGGCGAAUAUCGCUUAUCUGCUUUUGCAGCAACACCUGAGAGUGCUCCAGAACUUCAGUUUUCACCAAAUUACAUAGAUGUUACUGUUCAUAAACCAUUACUAGAUAUCAAGUUUUAUCAGGCACAAGUCAACGUUCAUGGGUCAGUAGUUUGCAAAGACAAAUGUGGGCCUGCUGUUUCUGUAAUGCUUGUGAGACUCGAUGGUAAAAGUCAAGAAGAGAGUUCAGUUAGUUUGACUGAUCCGAGUAAUAAGUUUUCAUUCUCCAACGUUCUCCCGGGGAAAUACAGAAUUGAGGUAAAAACUCAUGCCACUGGAGUCUCAUCAGGCGAAGAUGUAUGGUGUUGGGAACAGAAUAGUAUAAAUGUGAUUGUUGGUGUGGAAGAUGUUGAUGGGAUUACUUUUAUUCAGAAAGGCUAUUUGGUAAAGGUAAUUUCCAGCCAUGAUGUCGAUGCUUACCUGAAAGGUUCCAAUCAGAUUUGUGUAGAGUCUCCUGGUGUGCAUGAACUCCAUUUCAUUGACUCGUGUAUUUCCUUUGGGAGCUCUACUUGGAAAAUUGACACAUCAGAUCAGUCGCCUAUUAACUUAAAGGGUGAAAAGUAUUUGCUGAGAGGGCGUAUAGACAUCAAGUCAAAAUCAAAAGAGGAUUUACCUGAGAGUAUAUCGCUUGUCAUCUUAGACGAUCAAGAAACAUUAGUUGAUGGUACAGUUGGCAAACUUGUCUCAGCUGAAGUUGAUCACUCAGAGGUUGCUGUCUAUGAGUAUUCUGUGUGGGCUAAUUCUGGGAAAAACCUCAUCUUUGCCCCUCGUGACUCAUGGUUGAUGUCUCCUGGGAUGACUAAUCUAGAACUUUUGCUUGAUUUUUUGUUAACCAGGAAUGGUGUGGGAAAGCAAAUCUUAUUUUAUCCUAAACAACAGAAUGUUUCAGUGGAACAAGGUGGAUGUCAAGCUCCAAUUGCUCCAUUUUCUGGUCGAUUAGGUUUAUAUAUUAAAGGAUCAGUUACACCCCCUCUUGCUCAUGUUCGCAUAAAAGUUCUUGCACAGACAGAUAGUCGUAUUUCUACACUUAAACAAGGCGAUACCGCACUUGAAGUUACCACAGGGGCAGAUGGUUUAUAUCUUGCUGGACCGCUUUAUGAUGAUAUAGGUUACAGCAUAGAGGCAUCAAAGCCUGGUUAUUAUGUAAAACAAAUUGGACAGUAUGCCUUUUCUUGCCAGAAGUUGGGUCAGAUUUCAGUACGAUUAUAUUCUAAAGAAGAAAGCAAUGAGCCUUUUCCUUCUGUUCUUUUGUCAUUGAGUGGCGAGGAUGGAUAUAGAAACAAUUCAGUGACUGGUGUUGGUGGCAAUUUCAUAUUUGAUAACUUAUUUCCUGGGAGUUUUUACCUCCGACCUUUAUUGAAGGAAUAUGCAUUCUCCCCUCCUGCUGAGGCCAUCGACCUUGCUUCUGGCGAAUCAAAGGAAGUUGUCUUCUAUGCUAAUCGCAUUGCUUUUAGUGUGAUGGGCAGAGUUACUCUAUUGUCUGGUCAACCAAAAGAAGGUUUGUCUAUUGAAGCGAGGGCCGAGGCAGAAGGAUUUUAUGAGGAGACGGUAACAGACUCAUCAGGAAGUUAUCGGCUGAGGGGACUCCAACCGCUUACCACUUAUGCAAUUAAAAUAGCAAGGAAGAGCAAACUUGAUGACACACAUAUUGAGCGGGCAUCUCCGGAGUUCUUGAGUGUUAAGAUUGGCUAUGAGGAUAUGAAGGAAUUGAAUUUUGUAGUCUUCGAAGUGCCAGAGGUUACCAUAUUAAGUGGCCAUGUGGAAGGACCUAAUAUUAAGGAGCUCUGGCCCCAUAUCAGAGUGGAGAUUAGGUCAGCUGUUGACGAGUCAAAGGUUGUGUCCGUAUUUCCAUUGCCAAUUUCAAACUUCUUUCAGGUGAAAGACUUGCCUAAGGGUAAGCACCUUGUCCAGCUCCGAUCUGCUAUGCCAUCCAAUGCUCACAGAUUUGAAUCUGAUGUCAUUGAGAUAGACUUAGAGAUGCAACCUCAAAUUCAUGUCGGCCCAUUGAACUAUAGGAUUCAUGAGGACAAUUACAAGCAGGAAUUGACUCCAGCUCCCGUGUAUCCUCUAGUUGUCGGGAUUUCAGUGAUUGCUCUGUUCAUAAGCAUGCCAAGAUUGAAGGAUCUAUAUCAAGCUUCCAUUGGAGUUUCAACGGCAGGGCCCUCUACAACUGCAAAGAAAGACGUUAAGAAACUGGUCGUGAGAAAAAAGACCUACUGAGUAUUUCUUUUUGGCUCGGUCAAUGCCUGAAAAGGACUAGCAAACUAAUACUGUAUAACUUAUCGCCAGUCGCCUUUUGUCUGGCGUGACUAAGCUUUGGCUGCUGGCUUAACAAAUUUUGAGUAUUUACUUGACUUGGCCUCUUUUGUUUUCAUAGUGGCCUUUGUGAACUUCAUGCUUCAUUGCAUUGGAAGAUGACGCUUUCCCAUCGCCAAGCCGUCCAGCAAAAGCACGGGGUUUUCCUUCUUGUGUAGAGGGCUACUAAAUAACAUCUAAAAGAGGCCAUGAGACAAGCGUUGAAAUCCGUGGUUUUGGAUGUUAAAAUGUCUGUUUUGUGAGGACAUGAGCAAUUACCUGACAGACCUAUUUGUAGUGGCAGUAAACUACUUAGGCAGUUCAACAUCUCCAAUAAUGCCCAUGUGUUUUUGUUUAUUUUCUGGCAAAGGAGAAAAUUUCUUACUCAGUUGUCUUUCCUUUAAACUUUGGUAUUAUCUCCAUCAUGACCGCUAUGGGUAUAAAAAUGUAAUUAUUCAGUUUACGGCAAUUGGCUUUCCUUUCACCAAAUUAGCUCGCCCUCAAUAUGGAUCAAUUAGCUCACCUU